AUGCCGGACAAUGAUUUCUACAACCACGAGAACAAAUCUCCCCAAGUUAAAGAGAAGGUCAUACAGUUCUUGAACCAAGAACGAGCUGAAGGAAAAGUCUUCAAUUUUGUUGAAGAAAUUUUCAAGUAUUGCUAUGGAGAUGUUCUCAUUUUGGCGAGUGCACUGGCAGUGUUUGAAAAAGAAUUUGAAGCCGUCACAAACGUCUGCAUUUUUGAGGUUAGACGAGAUUGAAAUGUUCAAAAUUGACAAGUUUUUCAGGAAUCGACAACGGCCGCAUCAGCAGCAGUCAAAGUGUUCCAGCGAAAUCAUCUGGAACACAAAAAACCUAUUGUUCUUGAUGCGCGACCCUCGGUAUCAGUAAAGGCCUCAAUCAUUAGCCAGAAAUACUUGGCCUGGUUUGGAGACGUUGAGAAGGUGCCCAUUGAAAUUUCUUCAACAACCGGAGAACGAAAGGUUUGAAUGAUUUGACGUGAAUUUGACAAAUUUAAAAACAUUCAGAUUGGAAAAUACUCGGUGGACGGAUUUGUGGAACCCUGUGAAAAGUUCCCAAAGGGACUCGUGAUUGAAUUUUUCGACGAUAGAGCCACUCACCGAAUGUCCUGCAAGUUGCAAGACUAUCUUUGCGCGACGCGGGAUCCGGAGGACGCUGAGAUUGGUGAAGGGAUCAAAAAUAAUGAUCUCCGAGAACCUCAAAGGACCGGAGAAGUUGGCCAAUGGAGUGAUGGGCACAUUCCAGCGAGUGUCCCAUGGAUACUUAUUCAUAGAGCUGUAAGUGCAUUUCAAUCAAUUUUAAAAACAUUAAACAUUUACAGGAUGGACACCAAAAAGGUUGUACCUUUGGCUUACGAGCCAUACCGGGACUCUCGAGGAGCUACCUGGUACCAGUUUCCUGUGGUCCUCGCAGAAGCAAUCACGGUCCACAAGAGCCAAGGAAUGACAUUCGAUGGAGUCGUGGUCGUGAGAAGGAAGAUGAUGCUGAAUGGACCUGCCGGUCGAGCUCCAUUCGCAAUCCCGGCCAUUUUUUACACAGCGAUCAGUCGAGCGAGAUCCAUGAAGUUGAGCAGGAUAGUGGAUGUCGAACAAGUGAAGUGGCGGAAUUGCGAGACGACCACAAGAGCCUUAGAAGGAAUGCGGCGCCAGAUGCACCGAAGAAUGCUAAAUAGUAAUUGA